CUAAGAGCGUUUGUUGACAUAGAAAAUCAGUAAAAAAAACGUGUUUUACAAUUAUAUGAAAAAUAAUAACACAAGGGAUAAAUUUAUUCAUUUUGUCUUCUUCUAGUUUACCGUUGAUCAAUUAUCAACGUUUGAUCAAAAUGAUUCGUCGUCAGGCAAGACUGAGACGAGAAUAUAUCUACAGGAAGUCAAUUGAAGACAGGGAAAGAACAAUUCUUGAAAAGAAGCAAAGACUUAGAAGUGCUUUAGAUGAGAAUAAACAGAUACCAUCAGAUCUACAGGAUGAUGCUAUACCAAUCCAGAAAACUCUAGACUGGGAUUACGAGGAUUUUACAGGAAAUACAACUCAUAUAGAUGAUGAAUAUAAGUGGGCGGGAGUAGAAGACCCUAAAAUAAUGGUUACAACUUCCAGAGAUCCUAGCUCUAAACUAAAACAGUUUGCCAAGGAAGUACGACUUUUGUUUCCAAAUUCACAAAGAAUCAACCGCGGUAACUACGAGAUAAAGCAGCUUGUGGACGCGUGUCGGUCCAAUGACGUAACAGAUCUUAUUAUUGUACAAGAACAUCGUGGAGUACCUGAUGGUCUCGUUAUAUGUCAUCUACCGUACGGACCCACGGCAUACUUUAAUCUGUCAAACGUCGUGAUGAGACACGACAUUCCUGAUACAGGGACAAUGUCCGAGGCUUACCCUCAUUUAAUCUUUAAUAACUUUUCUUCAAAGCUUGGAAAUAGGGUGAAGAGUAUAUUGAAAUAUCUAUAUCCUGUACCAAAAGAGGACAGUAGAAGAAUAAUGACAUUUUCUAAUGAUGAUGAUUUCAUAUCUUUUCGACAUCAUGUAUAUAAGAAAGUUGAUGGUGGGAAAGAUAUUGAAUUAGAGGAAGUUGGACCAAGAUUUGAAAUGAAAGUUUACCAAAUAAUUCUGGGAACUUUGGACACAGUCUCUAGCUCAGAUGUAGAAUGGGUGUAUAGACCUUACAUGAACACUGCCAAGAAAAGGAAGUUUUUGACAAAUGAAUGAAAUCAGUGAUAAGACAUUGGAUAUACAUGUGUAAAUUGUGAAAGAUCAAGCCAGACCUGUUAAUGGAUGUUGCAGUUAUUUACCGCAGAUAAGCAUGGACUGCAAUGUUUGUGCACGCCUUGAUUUGAAACUUUAAAAGGAAUAACAAUAUCAAGUCCUAGGCCAUUAAAAGUAGCUUACAUUAAUAUAAAAGAUUUAAAGCUCAGAAAUUGGAUAUUUUUUAUGCAUCUUGAUAAAGAUAGUUCAUCUAGAAAAAUAUUGAAUUCAUAAUAAUUGGAUAAAAACAACUAAUGACUUGAGUGAAGUUUACUCAGAAAAUGAUUCAAAACAUCCAAAUUUAUCUGAAACUCGGUCCCAUGUGAAAAGAAUCUUGUCUAGAGUGAGUCUAAUUAAUAACAAAAAAAAAAGCAACAACAAAAUGCAAACAAAAAAGUACAAAAAAAUACCCAAGCAAUGACUAAAAGUAUUUCUUCAAAAAGAAGAACACAAGGAUGAUAUGUUAGUAAAUAUGUUUUAUGUCUUUGUUAUUGUCGGUAAAUAGCUUAUUAGCUAAUGUUUCUUGUAAUAUGUAUACCGACUCAAAAUAAAGUUUCUUGUAUCUUAUCAAUAAGAACAGUUUUAAUGUUUUUGGGUUUGUUUUUUUUGUCUUUUUUUUAAGUAACCGGAGUGCAUAUUUCAAUUAACUUUAUGAUUCAGACAGUUAUACUAGUAAAAACGGUUUAUUGAUGGGGUAAAAGUUUUAAUGAUAUGUAUAAAGUAUUCUUCAUCUGCACAGUUUCUGGAUGACUGUAUGCAUAUAUUGUUAUAAUAAACAAUUCAUUUUUUUGACUGCACUCGGUAACAGCAUAUUUUACGUGCAAUAAAUAAAUCUGCUUGAGGGUGUGUGUAAGAAUAGUGCAUUAGUAAUAACAACUUGUUUACUUGACACUUUUUUGUGACAGUUAUAAAUUGGUUUCACUGACUGACUUGGUGAGAUGAGCAGAAUAUAUUCGGCAACUAGUUUCAGUACAUUGUGCAGUGCUGUUAUGUCAACUCUCUGAAUAAAGAUCCUGAACUAUGAUUGUCCUCUUCAUUUUGUGCCAUUGUUUUGUGUUUUCUGCUAUAUAAUAAAAAGGUUAAUGAUAAUUAUAUUAACUUGUAAAGAAAGACCACCUGUUGAUAACAGUUAUCAGUACAUUGCAAUGCUGUAAAACCUCUGAAUAAAGAUCCUGAAUUA